UUUACUUUGUCCAAAUAUUUAUGAAGAGAAGUUUUUAAUUGUUUAUAUAUAUAUAUAUAUUUUUUUUUAAAGUUCAGUGAUUAUUACUAAAUUAUUACUAUCCUUCUAAUUCAUUCUCAUUCUUUCACAUCAGACACGCUAACUGUGUUUCUCUCCAUAAAUGAUAUGGAGUGGGGCUUGGAUUCAAGUCUCUUAUCGUGCCAGUUGGUGUUGUGGUGUAAAUUAUUUUCAUGCAAAGGUAUUGAUAUGCUAUUUUCUGAAUGACUUUCUCUUUUAUUUAAUGAUCUUUCAUGGAGUGCAUUUUAUUGAUCUUUUCUGGAUGUAUUAGUUGGAAGUAUUUCUUUAAUCUUUUUGAUCUUGAGAUCUGCAUUUAGCAAAUAUUUGUGCAUGUGUGCUUGAACCCAAAUUCAAAAGCUUGUACCCAAACCUACUGACAGUACUGCAGAGUAGUUGGGAUACGGCUACCUUGAUAUCUCAGUGAAUUGUGGAGUUUCUUUUUGUGCUCUGUAUUGCAUAGGCUACUUGCUGCAACUGGAGCAAAAUUCUAAUCAGAGAUAGUCCCCUCAAUGAUGGCAUUCUUGGAGACUUCACUUGGGAGACUUUCUUGGAUUUGUAAGGAAGAACUCGACUUGGGUUCUCCAUGCACACAAAGAACUAUCAUAGAUGCUGUAAAUCUGCUAUUCCUUGCCGUCUUCUAUCUGUUUUUGCUUGUAGGUUCUGUCAGAAAACAUCGAGUCAGAGGAGGCAAUGAAAGGGACCGGAUCUUUGGGGUGGUUUCAAUCUGCUGUGCUCUUAUUAGCAUCGCAUACCUUGGUGUUGGAUUAUGGGAUCUAAUAGUUGAAAACGAUAAAUUCAAUCAUUUGAUCUGGUUGUUUUAUCUUGUCAGAGGACUAGUUUGGAUUUCCUUGGCAGUUUCCCUGAUUGUUAAAAUAUCCAAAUGGAAUACAAUUCUCGUUACUGUUUGGUGGUUGUCUUUUUCUUUAUUGGCUUCAGCCCUAAAUAUUGAAAUUUUAGCAGGAGCACAUGGCAUCCACGUUCUGGACAUUCUGCCAUGGCCUGUAAACCUUUUGCUUCUAUUUUGUGCUUUUAGAAAUUUCAGUCAUUUUACUUCUCAACAAGCCCCACAUGAGAGCAUAUCUGAACCUCUAUUAGGUGAAAAGGAGGUAAAGAAUCAAUCAAAACUAGCCCAUGCCAGUUUUCUUAGCAAAUUGAUGUUUUCUUGGAUUAAUCCUUUGCUUAAGUUAGGCUACUCAAAACCUUUAAAUCUUGAAGAUAUCCCUUCUUUAGAUCCUGAGGAUGAAGCUAAUAUAGCCUACCAAAAGUUUGCUAUUGCAUGGGACUCACUUGUAAGAGAGAAUAACUCAUACAACACUAGGAACUUGGUUCUUUGGGCUGUUACAAAUGUACAUUUCAAAGAAAAUAUAUUCGUAGGUGUGUGUGCUUUGCUUAGGACAAUUGCAGUAGUAGUUCUUCCUCUCCUGCUGUAUGCUUUUGUAAAUUACUCCAAUCUUGAUCAGCAAAACCUGUAUCAUGGUCUUUCUAUAGUAGGGUGUCUAUUUCUUGUAAAGAUAGUUGAGUCCUUGUCUCAAAGGCAUUGCUUUUUCCUAUCAAGACUGUCAGGAAUGAGAAUGAGAUCAGCCUUAAUGGUGGCAGUCUACCAAAAGCAGCUCAAACUUUCAAGUUUGGGAAGAAGAAGGCACUCAACAGGUGAGAUUGUGAAUUACAUUGCAGUGGAUGCCUACAGAAUGGGAGAAUUUCCUUGGUGGUUUCACGCAGCAUGGAGUCUUGUACUACAACUGUUUCUAUCCAUUGUCGUUCUUUUUGGGGUUGUUGGUCUUGGCGCACUUACUGGAUUAGUUCCUCUCCUCAUAUGCGGACUUCUCAACAUGCCGUUUGCAAGAUUUCUACAAAAAUGUCAAUACGAAUUUAUGAUUGCUCAAGAUGAACGCCUCAGGGCUACUUCCGAGAUCCUGAACAGUAUGAAAAUCAUAAAGCUACAAUCAUGGGAAGACAAGUUCAAGAGUUUAAUUGAAUCCUGCCGAGAAAAUGAAUUCAAAUGGUUGGCUGAAUCACAGUUCAAGAAAGCCUGUGCUACUCUCUUAUAUUGGUCGUCUCCAACAAUCAUUUCUUCUGUCAUCUUCCUGGGAUGUGCUCUUUUCAGAAGUGCUCCAUUGAAUGCUAGUACCAUUUUCACAGUUCUUGCAACAUUGAGGGGAAUGGCGGAGCCUGUCAAUACAAUACCUGAGGCUCUUUCAGCUAUGAUCCAAGUCAAGGUCUCUUUUGAUAGAAUCAAUACUUUUUUACUGGAUGAUGAACCUAAGAAUGAAAGCUUAAGUAUAAUUCCAUCUCAGAACUCAGAUCAAAGUAUUAUGAUUCAAGGAGGCAAAUUCAGCUGGGAUCCUGAACUAAUGACGCCAACAUUGAGAGAAGUGAACCUGGAUGUCAAAUGGGGGCAAAAAAUUGCAAUUUGUGGGCCAGUUGGGGCUGGAAAAUCAUCACUAUUGUAUGCCAUACUUGGGGAGAUGCCUAAAAUUUCAGGAACAGUUAAUGUAUUUGGAUCCAUUGCCUAUGUUUCUCAAACUUCUUGGAUUCAAAGUGGAACUGUUCGUGAUAACAUACUCUAUGGAAAGCCAAUGGACGAGGCCAGAUAUGAGAAGGCAAUAAAAGCAUGCGCUUUAGACAAGGACAUUAACAGUUUCAAUCAUGGAGAUCUCAUAGAAAUAGGCCAAAGAGGACUUAAUAUGAGCGGGGGGCAGAAGCAGAGGAUUCAACUUGCUCGUGCUGUCUAUAAUGAUGCUGAUAUCUAUCUCCUUGAUGAUCCUUUUAGUGCAGUAGAUGCACAUACUGCUGCAAUUCUAUUCAAUGACUGCAUCAUGACUGCCUUGGAAAACAAAACUGUCAUACUAGUGACUCACCAAGUGGAGUUCCUCUCGGCAGUGGACAGAAUUAUGGUCAUGGACGGUGGGCAAAUUACUCAAUCAGGAAGCUAUGAACAGCUCUUGAUGGCUGGGACAGCAUUUGAACAGCUUAUGAAUGCUCAUAAGGAUUCAAUAACAGCAUUGGGAGCUUCAAACUAUCAAAGUCAAGGAAAAUCUCUGACUGUAGAUACGGUUAGGCCAGAUGAGUCUAAUAUGUCUUAUACCACUAAACAAAACAGUGAAGGAGAUAUUUCUGCAAAGGGUGUGCCUGUAGUGCAGCUAACAGAAGAUGAAGAGAAGGAGACGGGAGAUGUUGGAUGGAAGCCAUUCCUCGAUUAUCUACUUGUCUCAAAGGGAAUGCUUCUUGCAUGCCUUGGCAUACUAUGUCAAAGUGGUUUUGUUGGUUUUCAGGCUGCUGCAACUUAUUGGCUGGCAUAUGCUAUUCAAAUUCCGAAACUCAAUAGUGGCAUUUUGAUCGGAGUUUAUGCUCUGAUAUCAACACUCAGUGCUGUUUUUGUAUAUUUGAGGUCUUUUUUCACAGCCCAUAUGGGAUUAAAAGCUUCUAAAUCCUUCUUCUCUGCCUUCACCGAUGCAAUUUUUAAAGCUCCUAUGCUCUUCUUUGAUUCUACCCCAGUUGGACGGAUUCUGACUCGUGCUUCCUCAGAUUUGAGUAUCUUGGAUUUUGACAUUCCUUUCGCCUUUAUCUUUGUGGUGACUCCUCUUCUACAGCUUGUAGCAACAGUAGGAAUCAUGGCCUCAGUCACGUGGCAGGUUGUCAUUGUAGCCAUCCUUGCUUUAGCAGGUUCAAAAUAUGUUCAGGAUUAUUAUUUAGCCUCCGCAAGGGAAUUGAUAAGGAUCAAUGGUACAACAAAAGCUCCUGUCAUGAAUUAUGCAGCUGAGACAUCACUUGGUGUAGUGACAAUAAGAGCUUUCAAGAUGGUGGAUAGGUUCUACCAGAACUACCUAAAGCUUGUGGACAAGGAUGCUGUACUUUUCUUCCAUUCUAAUGGAGCCUUGGAGUGGCUAGUUAUGAGGAUAGAGGCAUUGCAAAAUGUGACUUUAUUAACUGCUUCUCUUCUACUUGUAUUGCUUCCAAAGGGCGCUGUAGCUCCUGGACUUGUGGGACUUUCAUUGUCUCAAGCAUUGUCACUUACCACCGUCCAAGUUUUCCUGACACGUUGGUAUUGCAACUUAUCCAACUACAUCAUAUCAAUUGAACGGAUCAAGCAGUUCACGCAUAUUCCACAAGAACCUGCGGCGAUUGUGGAGGACAAAAGACCAGCAUCUUCCUGGCCCUUUAAGGGUAGGAUAGAGCUUAAAGAAUUGAAGAUAAGAUAUCGUCCAAAUGCUCCACUAGUUCUUAAGGGAAUUAGCUGCACGUUCGAGCAAGGGACUAGAGUAGGAGUUGUGGGGAGAACCGGAUGUGGCAAAACCACUCUAGUCAGCGCUUUGUUUCGCUUAGUGGAGCCUGCAAGUGGCCAAAUUCUUAUAGAUGGACUUGACAUAUGUUCUAUUGGUCUUAAGGAUUUGAGGAUGAAGCUCAGCAUCAUCCCUCAGGAGCCAACACUUUUCAGGGGUAGCGUUCGAACUAAUUUGGAUCCUUUAGGCCUGUACUCCGAUCAUGAAAUAUGGGAGGCUUUAGAGAAGUGUCAGCUUAAGGCAACAAUAAGAGGUCUGCCUAAUCAGUUGGACACAUCAGUGAGCGAUGAAGGUGAAAAUUGGAGCGCUGGGCAACGCCAACUCUUUUGCCUAGGAAGAGUCCUUCUCAGGAGAAACAGAAUUUUAGUUCUAGAUGAAGCUACUGCAUCCAUUGACUCUGCUACUGAUGCCAUUCUACAAAGAAUUAUCAGACAACAAUUCUUAGAAUGUACAGUAAUAACAGUGGCACACAGAGUUCCAACUGUUAUAGACAGUGACAUGGUUAUGGUCCUCUCUUAUGGGAAAUUGUUGGAGUAUGAUAAACCUUCGAGGCUUAUGGAGAUUAACUCUAGCUUCUCCAAGCUUGUAGCUGAAUACUGGUCUACUUGCAGGAGGAACUCCUACAACAACUUUGCAGCAGAAUUCCCUGAUAUUGUGAAUCAAUCAUAAUAGUCAUAUUAAAUAGUUCCUGUAUGGAGAAAAAAAAAAUGUUGCUUUAAAUAAUGUCUUCUUGAUAAAGUAUCGAGAAAUCGAUGGGUUCAAAGGCUCGAGACCCAUUCAGCCUGACCUGAAAAGAUACCAGACUUGAUCAGGGGUCCUGAGCCUAGUCAUUGAUAGUUUUUCGAUGGCCAAUGGUCUAAAUAUCUUGAAUUUUGUAUGUUUUUUAAUUAUAUAAUCUUAGUUUUAUCAAUUUAUUAUUAA